UCUCGAACCUUCCCCCUCCGUACCGUAACCAAGAUAUUUUCUCCGCCUCUAAACAAACGUGACCACCCAAAAAAAAAAAAUCCCAGAGAAACGCAGAGCCUCCCUCUUUUCUUCUUCUUCUCUCCGGCAGGCUCCGUUGCGGGAGAGAGAAGCUUUUCAGUUCUUGGAGCUCUUCGGCUUUGAAUUUUGAAGGCUCUGUUUCGAUUUUUUGAUUUGUUGGGUGGGUUGAGGGUUUUUGUGGGUGUGUGGAGUGAUGGACAGAGAAGGAGGAUCCAACGGCGGAUCUUCCUACUACGCCGUCCUCGGGAUCCGCAGGGACGCCUCCUUCUCUGAUAUCCGCACAGCUUACCGCAAGCUCGCUCUGAAAUGGCAUCCGGAUAGGGCGCGAAGUCAAACGGCGGCGGGAGAAGCCAAGCGGCGGUUUCAGCAAAUCCAAGAGGCUUACUCCGUUCUCUCGGAUCAGGCGAAGCGGUCGAUGUACGACGCCGGGCUCUACGACCCCCUCGAAGAAGAAGACCAGGAAUUUUGCAAUUUCAUGGGUGAAAUGCUGUCCAUGAUGAACAAUGUGAAAGACGAGGGGGACAGUUUGGAAGAUCUCCAGAGGAUGUUCAACGACAUGGUCGGCGGAGACGGGAUGAUGGGAUUCGACUUCGGCGACAUGAAUCCGACGGCGAACAAGAAGCCACGUGUUAGUGCGUCGAGAGGUGCCAAGUCUCGCUGCUAGCGCGAUGCAGCGGAUCAUGUGAAGGAAAAUGUUGUUUAUUCAAAAAUGGCCCACCCAAUUGUGUUUUAUUUUAAUUUUCGUUUUUAAUUUGGACUGGAUUGAACUUUUGUUUAAUCCUUAAUUCCCGGAUUAAGAAGUGAUUGGAGGUUAAGGGGGGGUUAAAUCCAGUUUGUGGGUGGUGGUGGUGACUCGUGUAUGUUGGUGGUUUUAGUAAUUAAAUAAUUCUCCUUUAUUCCUUUUGAUGUUUUUAUUUCUGGUUCAAUGUGAUUGGUAAUUUGAUGUAGUUGGUUGACA